AUGGAAAAGUUUAAUAGUUGUGUUUUAAAGAAUUUUUGUGCCUAUUGUUUAAGCCAUAAUUUUACAAGGAGUGUUUAUACAUCCAGAAACAUUUCCUUAUUUUAUGGGAAUAACAAAAAAUAUAUGAAUUCUACUAUAUUGAAUAAUUUAGUUCUUAGAAAGCGAAAAUUUCACGGGGUAAUUAAUUCAUAUUAUGAUAAAUUUGUUUCGCAACUUAAGAAAGAAAUUAAAAAUGAUAAAUUACUUCAAGAUGAUAUUGCAUUUUUGAAGAAAAAAGUCGGUGAUUUAUACUUUAAAAUUUCUAACAAGUCUUCAUUCACAAGUUUUUAUUUUUCAAACACCCAUUUUAAUAUUGCAAUACUUUACAAAAUAAAUCAAAUUUUAUCCAAUCUUAAAUUUUUUAUGGCUAAAAUUUCAUUAAUUUUUUCUCAAUUAAUUACAAGUGACUUUUUUUCAAAGAAUUUAAUCAUAGUCAAAAAUUUAUUUUAUGAUGAAGCAAGCGAAAGUAAAAUUGAGAGAGAGCUUUCAAACUGGAAAUUUGAUCGUAAUCAAGAAAAUCCUGUUGGAAAAAUUAAUAUUCACGAUAAUAAAAUUCGAAAUUUUGAUAAUAAAAACGAUAUAAAAGCUUAUGGAAUCGAAAACUCUGUUGUCCUACAUAAUUUAUCGUUAAAAGAUAGGUUUGGUGCAAAACUCAAGAAUAUGUCAUUAUUGAAGAACAUAUUUGAAAACAAAUAUAUUGAGAUUAUAUUUAAUAGAAAUAAAAUAUCCAGAGCUGUGAAAGAAAUGAAGGCAAUAAAUCCAAAUUUCAAAUUGCCCGAUUUUAUAACAAUUUUUGAAGCGUAUAUUCUCCCAAAAUUCAUGGAUUCAUACUAUACAUGUGACGAGCAUAAAUUGAGAUUGCAUUGUGGAGAUACAGCAUAUAGACAGUUUUACUCGAACAUAAUGGAACUUAAAAAGAUGGGUCUUAGUUUUAACACUAAAAUUCUUCAAUUAGGAGAUAUAGAGCUAAAAGGAGCAGAAAGCUCUGAAGUAAUAUUUUCUUAUAAAGAUAUUAAAUUACGAAAAAGUCAGCCAAUACUAAUUUUUACUUUCAAAACACAACAAAUUAAUUGUUUACAAGAUCAUAACGGAAGAAUAAUAUCUGGUUCUUUUGAUGAUAUCAGAGAGUUACAAUAUUCAAUUUCAGUAACUCCUCAUCCGAAUAUAAAUGUUCUUGGCCUUGAAUACCCAUAUUUAAUAACUGAAUUGUCAGUAAUAGGCUCAACCCCUAUUCUUUAA